AUCACCACCGCAUUUUGUCAUCUCUCUUUUUUGUUUAUUGGAUGUCAGUCAACCCAAACCCCCUUUAACUUCCCGAUUCCUCAAAGUUGCAAAAAUCAGUCCUUGUCUUGUCGUCGUGUGCUGCUACUUCUGCCAAUCUGCCUGUGCAAGAUGCAGGCCCCUGUCUCAGCAAUCACAUCACAACGUCACCUGCUCCUCUGCACUUGCCCGCUGGUGUCUAGCGCAUCCAUAACGGUGCAGCUGCAGAUGCCCUGGUCAUUUUUUUUUUUUUUUUUUGUUUCUAUAUUGACAUCGUAA